UUAGUAGAUGGAUGAUUCUCAAAGCACCGACAUUACGAGUAAUCCCCCUCUAGCGCCCAUGUCAAGCAUCCGAGCUGUUGCUGCUGGUCUCUCCCUAAUAGCCGUGGCAAGGACUAUGAGCGCCGCAGCUGGAUCUUCCGAGGGUCCGGGGCUGUGUCUAGCUGGAGUGGGCGCCUCAUGCUCGGGGAGUCCUCCCCGCUUGCUCAGACUGACUGCGGUACCGGGAUACGAGCCGCACCGGGUGAACGACAUGCUGCUGCUGAGCCCCGCUGGAGCCCACAGCCGUUGCUCCUCGGACACAGAGGCCGCUGAGGAUGGGAAUCGGCACGUAGUGUUUUUCCCGGGAGACAUUCAGAACUUCCAGCAAGAGAUGAGUCUACAGCCAGAGGGCGCUCAGUGGCAGUGCUGGAGUCUGGAGCGCGUGGCCCUCAUCCUUGGCCGCCGCUUCCCUGGCCGCCACAUAUGGGUGAUACGUGCCUCCCGCAUGUACCUGCACAAGUUCAGCUGCUACCACAACUUUGUGGAGAGCAACCUGUUUGGGGCACCUGAGCACUCGCCCGAUUACGGCGCCCUGCGCCACCUGAGGGCACUGCUGAGGCACGGCAUGGAGCAAGCCGGCCUGCUGCCCUCGGCCAGCCCCUCCUUCCCCCCUCCCGGGUUCUCUCUGGCGCUGGUGGGCUUCAGCAAGGGCUGCGUGGUGCUCAACCAGAUGGUGUAUGAGCUGGCGGGGGCGCGCACCGACCCCGAGCUGGCUCCCUUCCUGCGGAGCGUGACGGACAUGUACUGGCUGGACGGGGGACACCCAGGCGGCAGCGAGACCUGGGUGACGGACCGGAGGGCACUGCAGGAGCUGGCAGCCAGCGGUGCAGCCCUGCACGCCCAUGUCACGCCCUACGAGGUGCGCGACCCCAUGCGCGCCUGGGUGGGCCGCGAGCACCGCCGCUUCGUGCGGACGCUGGAGGAGCUCGGCGCGCGCCUCGUCAACACGCUGCACUUCGAGGACGAGCCCGCUUCCAUCGACAACCACUUCCGGGUCAUCCAGGAGUUCUGAGGUCGCCGGGGGAAACCAGCCCUCCACGACUCCACGAUGCUCUCCUGAAAACUUCAUUUUGGGGGUGCGGAAUCUGUUUCCCAAGUCUUAAAAGACUUCCGUGGAGUGUUUAUAUAGCAUUGUAUCCCUCAGCUCCUACCUGGAUGAAACUGGAUGAUAGCAUCCACAUUCACAGCACUGAUAUUGAAUGACAGCUUUCUUUGAGGAAAGUGCCCUUCGAGGAAGCAGACAGAGCCCAAAUAAACAGAAGGAGCCUGACUAACAGGCUGCGCAUGACAACAAGGGAUUGGGCCAUUCCGCCUCCUAUCAGGGCCAAUCAGUAACUGACUUUUCAGAUUACCUGCACAAGUGAGUAGUGCAAAGUUCAGUUGCUGACCAUUGUUUCCUUGUCAUAUCUCAAUUAUCUUUUGUGGUAUCAUAGGGCUUCCAUACAUGUACAAUAAGGAAGGGAAAAAGAAAAUGGAUAUAAGCUCAUAUUUAGGAUUGCCAGUUCUGCUGCUGCCACUUUUAGUACUUUUGAAGGUGGCUGAAGAGUUAGGGGUUAAAAGUGGCUUGGGGGUAAGGGAUAAAGGGUGCAGAGGGGGGGUUAUGCAUUGGGAUCUCACCCCUCGAGUCCUUCCAGCCCUAGAGCCAAGCUUUCAACUCACGCUCCUUUCUCUCCUUCCUUUUCAAGUGAUGAGACGCUUGAAUGUAAAUGCUACUCGCUUCUCGACUGCAACCUGUUUGACCAUAGUCCAUUCGACCGCUCUCCACCCGGCUGAACGUGACCUGUUUGACUAUAGCCCAUUUGACCGCCCUCCACCCGGCUGAACAUGACCUGUUUGACCAUAGCCCAUUCGACUGCCCUCCACCCGGCUGAACGCGACCUGUUUGACCAUAGCCCAUUCGACUGCCCUCCACCCGGCUGAACGCGACCUGUUUGACCAUAGCCCAUUCGACUGCCUGCCACCCAGCUGAACGUGACUUGUUUGACCACAGCCUGUUAAACGACAGCCGAUUCAACCGUAGCUCAGUCGGUUCAUUCUGCAUUCAUGACCAGACCACUGUGUCAUUAAGGAAACCCUGCAACACACUCACAUGCUAACGCAUGUUCACUUAGACGCGCUCCCCAGUUAUUUGCUCAGUGGUCCAGGAGACUUGGAAAUUGCAUAGCACAGGUUUUAUGUGUUAUGUUACCCAUGCAUAGGGCUGGAUGUUUCCCAGACUAAUUUGGGUGGAGUACCUCGCUCGAGGGCACAGCAAGAGGAGUUGAUCCGUCCUGCUCUAUGCCUUGGCCUCAGCAUUGCACUGCCCUGCGCCGUAAUGGCUGCAUCUCACAGUGAAGCAGUGCUGUUCGGGCCUCAGUGUUGAUCCGUAAUGGCUGCCUCUCACAGUGAGGCAGUGCUGUUCGGGCCUCAGUGUUGAUCCAUAAUGGCUGCCACUCAUAGUGAAGCAAUGCUGUUCGGGCCUCAGUGUUGAUCCGUAAUGGCUGCCACUCAUAGUGAAGCAAUGCUGUUCGAGCCUCAGUGUUAAUCUGUAAUACCUGCCGCUCACAGUGAAGCAGUGAUGUUGGGGCUUCAAUGUAAUCUCUAAUGGCUACCAAUCACAGUGAAGUAGUGAUGUUGGGGCUUCAAUGUAAUCUGUAAUGGCUACCAAUCACAGUGAAGUAGUGCUGUUGAUCCAUAAUGGCUGCCGCUUACAGCAAGGCAGUGCUGUACAGGCCUCGGAAUGUGAAGCACCAUGCUGAAACUCUGGCACUUUAUUUUCUGAUCAGAAAUGAUCUCUUUAGCCUCUUACUUCCGUUAAAGCCCCCUUUCUGUGUUCGUUUAGCUCAGCAAGGGAGAAGAAACCUUAACUAAAGAAUAAAUAAUUAAUGUUCUGUUUGUAUUUGUGAAUGUUUUGUGUUAGAGGAUAAAAUAUGUGAAGCACAAGCUUAUACAGCAAAACUGAAGUGUGUUCAGGUAAAUGGGAACGAACACUAACUUCAGACUCCUUAUUUGUUUUGUUAGUGAAUACAGUUGUAAUGAGGAAGAUGCAAUGAAUGUAUUUAUUUCCUUCUUGCCCAUUCCAUUAUUCAAACUGAUCAUCUAGACUGUUCAGCCAAUGCACUAACAGUAUGCUCAGCUCCUUAAAACAAGUGUGGUCCUGAAGCAUUCUUUAACCAAGCUUUUUAUGGUCAGACCAUGUUUGUUUUUAUUUUUUAUUCGAAAUUUGAUUUCUGUUUUCUUAGUCUUCAUGCUUUUAGUAAAGAACCUGAGCCUUUUAUGCAAUUUUUUGUAGUCGUGGUAGACCUUGAAGGCAGUGGGGAUGACCCAUGCGGAGUGCAGACAUAAUUGAACAUGUUUGAGGCCAUUCAUUUCUGAGGACAUCAGGAGUAAACCCAUACCCAGACCCUGAGUGUAGCAAUGCAACAAGCUGCAACAGCCUACAUGUUCUAACCAUCGUGGCUUCUAGUGACGUGUACAAGCCUGUGUGACCUGCCAUGCCCAGCACAAAAGGUCAGUUUCAGUUUUUGUAAAGGUGUUUGUAGCCUGGGGUCUCAGGAUGUUCAAUGCGAAUGCCAAAAGGCCCAGCUGUUCCUCUUGUGAGGCCAGACCUGUGUCAAUGUAGAAACAUAAACCUACAGAGCAUUGAGUGAAGUAAUAAAAAACAU